AGAUUCAGACCAGGAGUCAAAUGCAGCAUGCUUGGAUGAAGAGGAUCCUUUCUCAAAAUUGAAUGAUCAUGGCCUGGUACUAAGCUUUAAUGCAGUGGAGGAUCACACUACGGAAAGGGAGGGGCCCAUUCUAUACACACAUUCAGAGGGAGAGGAUUUAGUUUUCAUAGACACAAUGCUUAGACCACUUCAAAUAGAUCUCUCAAGCUGCCCGACGAAUCCCUUAUAUCUGCGCAAGGAACAAAAGGGAAGGAAAACUUACUCCCCUUCACAAAUCGUUACAAGAAGUAGGGCUAAACUUCUAGCCCAAGGCAGGAGGGUCACACCAAUUGGAUGGGAAGAGGAACAGGAACUGAUCGAUCCUCAGGAAUCUCAUGAACAAGAGGUAAUUAAUUUCUUCAAGCUUUGUUGUCCAAACAAAAAAGAAGAUCGAAAACCUCCUUCAAAGCCAAUGAGCAAAAGCCAGAAAAAGAAGUUAAAAAAGAAAAAGAAACACAACCAGGUUUUUGUUUUGGGAUAUGAUGAAGAGGAUUUUUAUAUAUAGUUUACAUUGCUGGCCAGUUUAUGUCGUUUUGAUGGUUUUAGUUCAUCUGGCUUCUCAAAUCAUCGUGGUCUUCGUAUCUCAUGUUCUCAAAUGGUUUAGUGAGGAAACGUUUUAAUUUUUUAUGUUUAUUCUUGGAGCAAAGUAUGACCAGUGGCAGGUUGCUUGGCCAAUUGCUUUUCUUAUGACCUUGGGUUUCCUCCAUUGCUAUUGGAGAGAUUUGGCUGGAAUAUUUGGAAGUACUCAUGCAACGGGAUGUUUGUAGAUGCUAAAUGAUGAUGGUCUAAUAGAGGAGGCCACUGUUUUCUCAAUGACUAGGGUUUGGAGCUACUGCCUGGCCUUCACUCAGCUCCUACAGAUUACACGCUCUUUGUUUCCUGUUCAUUGUUGGGUUUUUGUUCAAUUGUGUAGUCUCCUUUUCAAUGCCAUACUCUUGUUCACUGCGGCAGUUUCUUGAGAUUUGAAGCUUUAUGUGGAUCUUUACAAGCUGAAGGAACAGAAUGCAAGACCAUCGGGCCAUGCUUCUGUUAGGUUCUCGCUGGGUAUCUCCCUGGUGUGCUAGCACAGCUGUAUUCGGAUGCUCCCUUUGUUUGGAUAGAGGUACAAGGUACUGUGAUAGAGCAGGGACAUAAUGCACAUGAUGUUGGAGGAUGCUUUAAGGAAAAAGGACCUGCACUGGAGUUUGGUGAUUGACUGCACUGGUGUUUACUCUAGCUGGUCCAUUUAUUUUCUUGCUUUUGGUUUUACACUUUUUUAACUUCUUAUGAAUGUAUUUUCUUUUUUAUUUUGGCUUUUCUUUUGGGGUUGG